GAGGCUGGAAUGUGGGCAGCUGCCAGCCCCAGGGCCCCCGACCAGCCUCCUGGGCCCAGGGAGCCCCAGUGAAAUAGGUGGCAGCCGGCUGGUAGGGAGGGGUUGUCACAGGUACUCAGUCUUGGGAGGGACUCCGGAGUGCUCCAGAGAUGGUGUCUCUGCAGACAUCUCCCGCCUGCCCAGAAUGUGGAAACAGUUAGAUUAGCCCCGCCAAAAAGAGAAAAACUGAGAAGUGUUGCUGCUGGUUUUAGUUUUUACAGCCAAGCCUUGAUGGCCUACCCCUUUGAGAACCGGGAAAGGCUAGGAAUGGCCGAAAAGUUUUCUGAGCUGGGGAUCUUGGCCUUUGCUCUGGGUGGCCCAACCCUCGGCUAGACUGGGUGGGGCUGCGCUGGGGUUUGGGGGCCAUGUCAUCUCCACCCCAGCUCCCCGGCCCCCCAGCAGGGCUCUUUUAUAUUCCCCCUCCCUUCCUGGAUCUGUUCCCUGAUCCCUGGGCCUGCUGGCCUGGAGUGUGUUCUGCCUCCGCGUACACAUCUGAAACCCUGUUAGGAGCCGGGUCCUAACUGUGAUGUGGCAGCCUUUCCUGGGGAAGUACCUCUGUCUCCAGGGAAGGCAGGGAUCCGGCUUGUUAGUGGAGGGCUUGUGAGGAAUAAAUGAGCCAGUGCUGUGGAGUGCCAAGCGCUGUGCCGGGCACGUUCCAGCCUUGGUCCCAGCCAGCCUCACUGCCGUUUCCAGGGGGCUGGUGGUGGAUCCGACACCUACUAGCAGGGUGUCCUUCUCACCAUUUUCCAGACAGGGUCACAUCAGAGGUGACAAAGGCAGAGCUCAGGGUACAGGUCUGGUGACCCAGAAUUUCUGUAAGUUCUCUGAAAGCUGGUGCAUGGGCUCACAUGAUUUUUGUAGUUUUGGUGAAAGCCUGAGGCUUUGACAAGCAGUGAAGACAGUUUGGAGCUGGAGCCCAAAUGCUAGGCCUCCAACUCUGUCCCGUACCUGGGAAUGGUGACCUUGGACAAGCUGCUGGACCCUUCCUCGCUUCCAUGUCCCAGUGUCUGAGGGGUUGGGUGCAUGGGUCAAACCCUGGAGGGGGUUCUUGGUUUUGCUGGGGCACAUGUCAUAGAGGUAGGGGGUCUUUGAGCCACGGUUCAUGGAUAAAGCAGACAUAGCUGCUGGGUUGGGACCCAUCUUGGAUGCUAUAUUUGAAAGUAUAUGGCAUUAUUGGUUGGAAUCCCAUGGGCCAGGUGGCGAAUGACAGAUUGGGCUAGUUUAUCCUAGAGGCAGCCAGUGUGGGGGGUUGUGGGGAGAGUUGGUGAGCUCUUGGAGUCUGGCAUACUGUUUGGGCUUAGGAAGCCCCUUGAGGUCUCGAGCCUCUGUUUCCUUAACUGUAGUCAGGGGGCAGGGUUUUAUGAGCAUCAGAAGCCCACAUUUAGUGGACCUAUUACACUUCCCAGGUAUGAGAUGUUAACGGGUGAGGCAGGCACUGUAGAGCCACAGAUGGCUGUGGCUUAUGGUCACUAGGAGCAGGAGGAACUCAGCAGCUACACCCCACUUUCCUUUGACGUCUAGAUUCCUGCCUUUGUUGGUGGCCUGGGAACCUGCGGCUCCCUGGCGGCCACCCUCUCCUGCUAGUUUGCUGCUGUUGAAAGACCAGGCUGUCUCCUACUAGUUAGAGUCUGGGAAGCAGAGCUCUGAUGUCCCACUGAGACUCCCAGAUACCAGGCUUAGGGAUGACUAGGAAGCCCGGGUCCCAAGACCUCCAGGCUGUGUUGGUGUAUUGGAGGCACCUGGUAGCUCUCUGCUGGGGUGCUGGGAAUGGGGGAGGGUAGGAGGGCACCAUUCCACCGGGAAUGGGGGGCAUAGUGAGGUUCAUGAGCAUGAGGAGCCUCGAGCAGGCUCUGGCAGGAGGGAAAGGCAGCCCAUUUGUCAGGUAAAGAGGCCGAGGUGCAGGAGAGGCCAACUCGAGAACUCUGCUCUCUUGGCCCAGUGCCUGUUCCCAUCUUUGACUCUUGUCUCCCUGAGACCACAAAGCUACUCUGUCCCAAAUUGUGGCUGGAAUUAAAAAGACAGCAGGGCUGGAGAUGAGCACUGGGGCUGGAACCUAGGGUGUCUAUGUUUGUUCCCAGAUGUGUCUGUCCAUCUCUCUUCCAAUGGGGCUUGAGGUGCCUACUUAAAAUGACAGCACUCUCAAUCUUGCUGUUGGGGCUGGUAUGUGGAAUGGCCAAGGUUCUCUGGGCUCAGAUGGCAGAGAGGCUCUUCAAGAGCCCCCAUACAGGGAGGGCCAGGCGGGCCCUGCAUGCUGGGCAGAGUGAGAGGCAUCUUGGAAAUAACUGUGUGCCCAGGGAGAAGCCAGGAACCUCCAGAGCAGUGCUGCUGGGUAGGGAAGGGGCAGAGUGUCCAGGCAAAGGCAGAACCAGGGCUGGUCAUAGGGCUCACUGUGUGUCAGAGGUGGUGUCACCCCCAUUUUACAGAUGACAAACGGAGACAUAUGGAGUAAUUAAUGUGACCAAAGUCCCAGAGCUUUAUUCUCAUGUGUGUUUGUUUUUAAGGAAGGAGUCUUCUCCACAUUGACCAGUCAUCAGCCAGCACAGUGCCCGGAGCUGGGGCUGUGUUGACAAGGGGCUGGUCCUUGGUUGGGGCAGGAAGCUUGGUGACCAGGGAUGGGGAAGACAGUCCACACAUAGCUUUGUCACCCUAACGUGAACAGCCUGCACAGAACAGGAGGGGACAUGCCAUGACCCUUGGGUGUUAGGAGGGGAGAAGGUUCUGCCUCUGUCCCCAUCCUCACAUUUCUUGGAGGGGCAACCUGAACCUAGGAGGACUUCCCGGAGGUGAAGAGCUGGGAGGAAUUAGAUAAGCCAGAGGGAAAAGUGGCUUUCUUGGGGGACGGAAGUCCUUGGUUUUCAGUUCAUUUGUUUUUUUAUUUCAUCAUCUUUCACCCCACUUGGGUCAUGAGUCCCCAGGGCCUGAGGCAGCUGUUGGCGGUAUUUAUGGUUGCUGCCCCGGGGGCUGGUGGAGUUGCUGGGGAACCAGUCAGAAACCAGUCCCACACUCGGUGGUGUGAUCCGUGGGACCAAGGGGAAGGAUGGGUGCGUUCAUGUAUGUGAGAAGGAGAGGGUACAGACAGCCUGCAGGGUAGGAGCAGCUCGGUGAGGGCCUUGAACCAUUCUCGAGAGUUGUCCAAGUGGAGAAGGUGGGAAGGAUGUCCGGCAGGGACCCAGCGUGUGCGCCGUGGGUUGCUGUGGGUCCUGGGAGACCUGUAGUGUCAGGGUUGCCGCACACGAGGCUGGGGGCAGUGCUCCUGGGGCUGGGAGUGGGGGGCUUAAGGUUUAGGGGCGUCACCCUCUUUAAUCUUCCUGAGUGCCCUGGCCGGGCUCUUGGCUGUUUCUCCUGUGGAACAGCGAGGGGGCCGGAAAGCUGUCCCCACUCCAAAGCAGGAGGGGCACUCGGCCUUCAGCUCACUUUCGAUUUGUCCAGAUCUCAUCCCAUUCAAUGAGUGUUCCUCAGAUUCUCUUCUUUUAAAAUUCAGGGCACUUCGCUGUUCUACUGAGGUUUAUGAAUGUUUAAAAACUGCUUUGCGGUCCCCAAAGUAAUUUGACAAGUCUGACAGCUAUUGAUUAAAAACCUGAAAUUAUUCAGGCUGCAGGAUGACUUGGGGGAUUAGAUGGAAAGUUUUUUGUUUCUUCUCACUCUGUGGGCCCCUUGCCCUCCCAGCCCCCCAAAAGACAUAAGACGUAGGAGGUAAAUGUGUUUCCGAAUGUUUUUUGAAAACUCCAUUAGGCUGCGGAAGGGCACUGGAGAGGGUGGGGAUGGGGAUCACCCCUCACGCCCCCGGUCUGGGCUCCAGCUCCGCAGCAGGCAGCAGUGAGGUGCCCUGGGAAGGCGCUGGAGGUGGUGGCAGCGGGGGGAAGCCAUGUGCUCUUUCGUGUCUGGUCCCUUGCGCUCUUGGGCUGUGGACAUGGUGGGGCUUCUGUGGCGCCCUUGGAAGCGGCCCAGCGGGUCAGGUGCUGCACCCCAGAGAGAGGAGGGAGCUGGUUCAGGGCUGCUAUGCAGCAAGUCCAGGGGUCCGAGGGAUGGGGUGGGGGGUAGGGUUGUGCAGGACAGGAGCCCUCCUGGCCAGGUCUUUCAUCUCCCUCUCUGUGAGAGCCUCAGGCCUGGCCCAGUGUGAGCUGAGUACCAGCACUGGCCCCUUGAGGGGGAUGAAGCCCUUUGGCUCUCAGCUCCCAUUCUGCCCUGGGUGACGGGCCGAGGCACUCCGUUCUCCCAGCCUGUUUCCUCUGCUGUCUUAAAGCUUCCUUCGUCACAUCCUUCAGAUGAACUGGGGUGUGUAGGGGGAAAGUUGCCCCAUGAGGUAGGGCUCUGCGGACCUAUUUGAGUUCACGUUCCCCGUUUCUGCUAGGGCGAUGCUGCCUUUUGUGCGGGGCUGUUGGGAGAAGGCUGAGCUGUGAUGUGUGCACCUUGAUAGGCAUCUCUGUCCCACAGUUGGGUACACAGUAGGUACUUAGUAAGUGGCUGUUAAGUCCAGGCAGCCACAGUGUUGAUCAUUAAAUCAGCACCUGUGGGGCACUUCCUAGGAGCCAGGCCUCGGGCUGCGCUAUAACCAUAGCACACGAUAAGCCAUCCGGUCAUCCUGUUGUUGUGGUGGUGUAGACCUCCUUUGCUAGCUUGGCCCUGCGGCGUGGAAGGGAAGCACGGACUCCCAGGGGUCGGGUGAAGCCUGGGGACCAGCACUGCCCAGCCCAGGGCUCAGCAUGUGGUAGAGAUGGGGUCACACUGGUUCCAGUGACUGCUAGGGCCUGUCCCCUGGCCUUGGAUGAGAGAACCCCAGGCUGAGAGGGACCAUGCUUCCAGGCACUGUCAUCCCAGGAAGACUUCCCAGGCAGGGCAGCCAGCCUCCUUGCCUUUUAAGGACAGACUCUGUCUCCCCCAGGCCCUGGGAGCCGCUAGGCAGCUGCAUUCUUCUCCCCUCUCCUGGGACCGCAGCUGGGCCAGGAGUAAGCACUGGCCUUCUCAGCACCGGGUUCCCAGGCCAGCAGGGCAAGGCUGGGUGGGGAGAGAUGGCUCUGCUGGGUGUUCUGGGUGGGGUGCUGCCCUGUUUGUGUCCUGCCGCUCGAUUCCCAGGACGUUGGCGCCCACACCCCGACUGUGCUCCAGCUUUGGAGGGCAGAGUUUUCCAGCACAGCUGUCUGGACCGCCUGGCUGUGUCAGGCAGGAGUGAGUUUGGCCUGUUCUGACCUGACUCCGGAGUCCACAGGUGCCGCCAGCCCUCAGGCGGGCACCUCCUCCGUGGAGACCAGCCUCGUCCAGGAUUUCUACCCCUUCCAGGUCUGGCUGUGGUCAUGGGCAGCGGCAGCAGACCACACAAUCAUGAGUGGGAGCUUGGGUCAGGGGAUGCUGUGCUUGGGACUCAUAAGCAGAGGGGCUAAAGUGGCCCCUCGAAGGGUCUACUGACCACCCGUUCCUUUCAUUCAGGAAAUUAAGGGCCUUUUUUUUUUUGAGGUAUCCCAGAGCAUUUGGGUAGAUGUAGUUUGUCCCCAUUUUAUAGAUGGGGAAAAUUGAGGCGUGGAGAAGGUGAAAAGACCAGAGUGGUCAGAGGAAAGGAACAGAAAAUGGCCUGAGAAGUCCUUAUCUCAGCACCCCAAAUGUCAGGAGCAUCACCCACCUUGGAAACAGCCUUCAGACAAGUCGGCAGGUCCUGUGUCGGCCUUGCUCGCAGCUGCACCCCUGCACUCACCGUGGUAUCUGGCACUCACCCGCACAUCUUACUUGAUCCUUCUAACAGCCCUGUCGGGGAAGUAGGCCAUUCUCCCUAUUUAUGGGUGCAGAAACUGAGGCCUGGAGAGUUGAAUGACUUUCAAGUGAUGUGGUUGAGUGGUUUUUUAAGGAAUGGAGACUAGCUUUGCCGCUGUGGCUGGGCACCUUUGACACUAGGCCCUCCUACCCUCCUCCCUGUUCCCAGCUGUGAGGGGGGAGGACAUGCAUGCUUUUGCUCCCGGGGCUUACUUACUCCACUGCCUGCCUACCUGCGUGGCCUGUUACCCAGCCAUCCUCCGGUAGGGCAGGCGUCCCCUCUGCUGCGUGCCUCAAGGGGCUACCAGCUCCUGCUUGCACAGUCCCACAGAUAGGGUGCUCACUCCUUUAAAACCAAACCAGCCUGUGCCUGAGUAGUGACUGGCCUCUCCUGGUCCCAGCUCUGCCCUCUGGGGGCAUGCAGGGCAGCUCCCUCUGCCCCUUUAAGACUUUGAAGGCAAUUUGAAUCUCUCAUUUUCCAGGCUGUACAACAUCUCAACUCACCCUGUCCGCUGGGAACAUCCUCCCAUGACAGAAAGGGCUUCUUAAUUCUCGCAAGUUUUGUUUUGGGGUCUCCUCCCUUCUUGAAAUAAUGGGGUAUUUGCUAAACUUCUGUGUUAGUAACCUUUGAAGAAAAAAAAAGCUGGAGUUGAAAAACAGCUCGUGGGUUGGCUGGAAGGCUAUCAGAUAAGACUGUGGCCCUAGAGCUGGGACAAUGUCCUCUUGUUCCUGCUCCCUGGCCCUCACAAUGAGCUGCUGUUGGGGCUUGGCUGUAUCUCCAGCGGUGGCUCCGCCCGUGCCCGUGCCCGUGCUGGGCCCACGUUUCCUGGGCAGGGGCUGUCCCACGCUCACCAGCCCCCCUGGCUCUUGCCUCUGGACGUGGAAUGAGUGGGUCAUGGUGAGCAAGUCGGCUGGCCAUGGCCCUCGGUGGCUCAGCUGCCUGUGGGGCGAUGGAAGGUUGAAGGAGGCACGGAUGGAGCUAGCCUUAGACUCUGCUGAACGGGUUCAGAUCUCACUUGGCUGCUCGCCACCCAUGCGAUCUUGGGUCCCAUCUGAUGCCCAGGCUGAAGGAGUCUCGCUCCCACGAGUCCCUGCUCAGCCCCAGCAACGCGGUGGAAGCGCUGGACCUCAGCAUGGAGGAGGAGGUGGUCAUCAAGCCGGUGCACAGCAGCAUCCUGGGCCAGGACUACUGCUUCGAGGUGACGACAUCGUCGGGAAGCAAGUGCUUCUCCUGCCGAUCGGCAGCCGAGCGGGAUAAGUGGAUGGAGAACCUCCGGCGAGCGGUACACCCCAACAAGGACAACAGCCGGCGUGUGGAGCACAUCCUGAAGCUGUGGGUGAUUGAGGCCAAGGACCUGCCGGCCAAGAAGAAGUACCUGUGCGAGUUGUGCCUGGACGAUGUGCUCUACGCCCGCACCACGGGCAAGCUCAAGACCGACAAUGUCUUCUGGGGGGAGCACUUUGAGUUCCACAACCUCCCACCCCUGCGCACUGUCACCGUCCACCUGUACCGGGAGACGGACAAGAAGAAGAAGAAGGAGCGCAACAGUUACCUGGGCCUGGUGAGCCUGCCGGCUGCCUCCGUGGCCGGGCGACAGUUUGUGGAGAAGUGGUACCCGGUGGUGACGCCCAACCCCAAGGGUGGCAAGGGCCCCGGGCCCAUGAUCCGCAUCAAGGCGCGCUACCAGACCAUCACCAUCCUGCCCAUGGAGAUGUACAAGGAGUUUGCCGAGCACAUCACCAACCACUACCUGGGGCUCUGUGCAGCCCUCGAGCCGAUCCUCAGUGCCAAGACCAAGGAGGAGAUGGCGUCGGCCCUGGUGCACAUUCUGCAGAGUACGGGCAAGGUCAAGGACUUCCUGACCGACCUGAUGAUGUCAGAGGUGGACCGCUGCGGGGACAACGAACACCUCAUCUUCCGGGAGAACACACUGGCCACUAAGGCCAUCGAGGAGUACCUCAAGCUGGUGGGCCAGAAGUACCUGCAGGACGCGCUAGGUGAGUUCAUCAAAGCGCUGUAUGAGUCGGAUGAGAACUGCGAAGUAGACCCGAGCAAGUGCUCGGCCGCCGACCUCCCUGAGCACCAGGGCAACCUCAAGAUGUGCUGUGAGCUGGCCUUCUGCAAGAUCAUCAACUCCUACUGUGUCUUCCCACGGGAGCUGAAAGAGGUGUUUGCCUCGUGGCGGCAGGAGUGCAGCAGCCGCGGCCGGCCCGACAUCAGCGAGCGGCUCAUCAGUGCCUCCCUGUUCCUGCGCUUCCUCUGCCCCGCCAUCAUGUCACCCUCGCUCUUCAACCUGCUGCAGGAGUACCCUGACGACCGCACCGCCCGCACCCUCACCCUCAUCGCCAAGGUCACCCAGAACCUGGCCAACUUCGCCAAGUUUGGCAGCAAGGAGGAGUACAUGUCAUUCAUGAACCAGUUCCUGGAGCACGAGUGGACCAACAUGCAGCGCUUCCUGUUGGAGAUCUCCAACCCUGAGACCGUCUCCAACACGGCCGGCUUCGAGGGCUACAUUGACCUGGGCCGGGAGCUCUCUAGUCUGCACUCGCUGCUCUGGGAGGCCGUCAGCCAGCUGGAGCAGAGCAUCAUAUCCAAACUGGGGCCCCUGCCUCGAAUCCUGAGGGAUGUCCACACAGCACUGAGCACCCCGGGCAGUGGGCAACUCCCAGGGACCAACGACUUGGCCUCCACUCCUGGCUCUGGCAGUAGCAGCAUCUCGGCCGGACUGCAGAAAAUGGUGAUAGAGAGCGACCUCUCUGGUCUCAUAGAUUUCACCCGGUUACCGUCUCCAACCCCCGAAAACAAGGACUUGUUUUUUGUCACAAGGUCCUCCGGGGUCCAGCCCUCACCUGCCCGCAGCUCGAGUUACUCGGAAGCCAACGAGCCUGAUCUUCAGAUGGCCAAUGGUGGCAAGAGCCUGUCAAUGGUGGACCUCCAAGAUGCCCGCACGCUGGACGGGGAGGCGGGCUCCCCGGCGGGCCCCGACGCCCUCACCGCCGAUGGGCAGGCGUCGGCAUCACAGCUGGUGGCCGGGUGGCCGGCUCGGGCAGCCCCAGCGAGCCUGGCAGGGCUGGCCACGGUGCGGCGGGCAGGCCAGACACCGACCACGCCGGGUACCUCCGAGGGCGCCCCAGGCCGGCCCCAGCUACUGGCGCCACUCUCCUUCCAGAACCCCGUGUACCAGAUGGCGGCCGGCCUGCCACUUUCGCCUCGUGGCCUGGGCGACUCGGGCUCCGAGGGCCACAGCUCCUUGAGCUCCCACAGCAACAGUGAGGAGUUGGCAGCUGCUGCCAAGCUGGGAAGUUUCAGCAGCGCCGCUGAGGACCUGGCACGGCGGCCCGGGGAGCUGGCGCGGCGGCAGAUGUCACUGACUGAGAAGGGCGGGCAGCCCACGGUGCCGCGGCAGAACAGUGCCGGCCCCCAGCGGAGGAUCGACCAGCCGCCGCCGCCGCCCCCGCCGCCACCUCCCGCGCCCCGCGGCCGGACGCCACCCACCCUGCUGAGCACCCUGCAGUACCCGCGGCCCUCGAGUGGAACCCUGGCGUCGGCCUCGCCUGAUUGGGCUGGCCCCGGAGCCCGGCUUCGGCAGCCCUCAUCCUCGUCCAAGGGUGACAGCCCGGAGCUGAAGCCUCGUGCAGUGCACAAGCAGGGCCCUUCACCCGUGAGCCCCAAUGCCCUGGACCGCACAGCCGCUUGGCUCUUGACCAUGAACGCGCAGUUGUUAGAAGACGAGGGCCUGGGCCCAGACCCCCCCCACAGGGAUAGGCUAAGGAGUAAGGAGGAGCUCAGCCAAGCAGAAAAGGACCUGGCGGUGCUGCAGGACAAGCUGCGAAUCUCUACCAAGAAGCUGGAAGAGUAUGAGACCCUGUUCAAGUGCCAGGAGGAGACGACGCAGAAGCUGGUGCUGGAGUACCAGGCGCGGCUGGAGGAGGGUGAGGAGCGGCUCCGGCGGCAGCAGGAGGACAAGGACAUCCAGAUGAAGGGCAUCAUCAGCAGGCUGAUGUCAGUGGAGGAGGAGCUGAAGAAGGACCAUGCUGAGAUGCAAGCAGCGGUAGACUCCAAACAGAAGAUCAUCGACGCCCAGGAGAAGCGCAUCGCCUCGCUGGACGCCGCCAACGCCCGCCUCAUGAGCGCCCUGACGCAGCUGAAAGAGAGGUACAGCAUGCAAGCCCGUAACGGCGUCUCCCCCACCAACCCCACCAAAUUGCAGAUUACCGAGAACGGCGAGUUCCGAAACAGCAGCCACUGUUAACCUGCCCGAGGAGGGAGGACUGUGGUGGCACGGGGCAGACCUCAGCCCGGGGAGCCCCAGCGCGGGGGCGGGAGGCCCAGGCUCCCCCCCCUUUCCCUCCACCUGCGGUCCAGGAGGUGCCACGGAGGGAGCCUCGACAGACUGACGCGGCGCGGGCCCGCUCCCCUCUCUUCUGGCCCGAGAAGCGAGUUCGGUGCAGGCCAAGGAGACUGCACGCUGUUGAGGGGAUGGCCUGGUGGGAGCAGGGGCCUGCCAAAAUAUGUCUCUGUUGGUUAUUGAAUUUGGUGUGUGUCACCUUUCUUUCUUGACCUGGCCAAGUGCAUGUAGCCCCUACACCCUCCCUCGGGAGGGAGCAGUGCGGAGGGGAGCACCGCAGAGGUGGAGGACUGAAGAGGCGGGGGCCCCGGCCCCGGCCCCUGCCCUGGGGGACGUGCCCGUUGCUUCCCUGUCGCUUCCCGGGGCUGCCGGGCCAGUUGGCAGGCAGGGAGAGGGUGGGACCAUCAGAGUUCCUGUCCCCACAGGGCUCAGCCCUCAGCACCUGCCCCUGCAUGCAGUCCUUCCGGGGACCCUUCCUGGCUCUGAGGAACCGAGGACUUCCCAUGUACCUGUCCCCAGACUCCCUAAAUCGCCCCCCCGCCAUUCAUGUUGCCAAAUAGACCCAGUGAGGAUCCUGGCUCGCUCUUCUGGGCCCUCAUCUCUGUGGAGAGGAUCCAGAGCCUCCCUCACUUGCCCCCCUGGGCCCAGGUUGACCCUCCGGGCCUCCCCAAAGCCAAAGAUCUGGGCGGAGCAGGCCCAGAUGGCCCUGUGCCUGGUACCCGCCCUUCUCCCGGGGAUGGCGCGCCAGGACGUGGUGGCCGCGCGGGGAGUGGCCAGCUGGUGCUCACCCCAAAAGAAAGGCCGACCUUCCCUGAUGGAUGGUGGAAAGAAAGUCUGAUGCCAGCAGGCCCUGAGAAGGUGGAUAACUGUGAUUUUUUUUCCUUUCACAGUAUGCAUUAGAAACAAAAGCCCGCUUGCUCGCUUGCUGGAACACAGGGGCCUUUUAAAUUGAGCGUGCGCACUGCAUGGGAAAUAGCAGCCCUGGAGGAUGUUAGCCUUGCUCCCUCUCCAAGACAGCAGCGGCCUGCACCAGGCCCCGUGUGUGCGGCUGGCUGCCUCCUCACCCUUCCCGGGCCCCCAGCCGAGGACCCAGGCGCUGCAGACAGGACAGGGGCACGGCUGGGGCUGGCUUUCCCCAGCUCUAGGCUGUUCUGUGGCUUCUCAGCCCUCCCUGCUCCCCCCUCUUGCGGGACAUAGGUGGGCAGGGGCUUGGGUCUCUCGGUCCCUCCUGUCCCUGCCCCCAGCCCUGGGUAAACUCGGGCCAGAGCUGGUUGUUUGCCCAGCCGCAGGGCCGCGGAGCCAUCCCCUCCGCCUCAGCCUCGGGAAGCCGGGGAGACCCUCGGAAAGAGCCUGAGCCCUUCCCGGCCCUGGGACUGGAGGCCUGCCGCUGCCAGGGGCCGAGGUCCCCGCAGAGCCCGCCGGGUCGGGGAGUGCGGGAAGGGUGGCCCAGAUCGUGCAGCACCCCGUCCUGGCCCGUGUCCCUGGAGGGGCCUCUCAGAUGCAGCCUGCAGUUCGGUGUGGCCAGAGAUCGGCCGGUGAGGAGAGGGCAGGCCCCCCAAGGGUCACAGACCUCAGGAAGGAAGGCCGUGGGGGCUAUGGCGCUGCCCCCACUCUUGCCUGCACAGGCAGGGCCCAGCCCCAGUGACGUCCUCUGGUUCGGUCUCCUCCCCUCUUCCCCCCACCCCUCUCCCACCAAUGCCUCGAUGCCUCGUAGAGCAACCUCGGACUGAGCGCCUCUUAGCAAUACGGGGGAGGUUCCCGGGGCCCCGGGUGGAGGAGGCCAGCGCGGGUCUGGUGCUGGCGGCCCUUGGCGUGGGUUGUGAGCUCUCAGGCCGAGAGCCUUAUUUACUUAGUGCAAAAACUGUAAAAGUGUACAGACUCUUCACAGAUUUUUAUCUGAAUUGCAAGUCUGACAAUUUUUGUAAAUGUUCUUGGUGUUCGACUGUAAUGUAACUAUUUCACCUAAUGGUUGUACAUAGUCUUUAGUCCUGGUGCUGCCGAGGGCUGCCCGGGACCGCUGCUCUCCGAUGGUGUGUAUUUUAUUUUUUAAUCUAGAGAACAGUAUUGGGCAGGAAGAAGAGGUUUGGGAACGGGUGUUGGGGUUUCCCUACCCGCGGCAUGCACUUGCUGGCUUCGCAGCGUGCGGUCUGGAUGGGUUGCUGGGGACAUGCACCCUGACGGGACCAGCAAAGUGGCUUCUGUCCCAGCCACGCAGAACCCUUGUCCCAGGGUUGGGCCGGUUUGUCUGAGGGCCAGAGGGAAGGGGAGGGAGGGAAGGCAGGCCCUGCUCUGGUAAGGUAAGGCCCCAGGCCCAGUGGGGCCCCAGGCCCAGAGUCUGCCAGAGACAGCUCGCGCUCCUCCCCUGCCAACACAGAGAGGCCUGACUUUUUUGCUUAACUCUUACGUUUAGGGUGAAGGAAACUGCCAAACUUCCUAUAAGUGAAGACUUUUUUCCGACUGCCCAGAAAGGGGGGUGGGGAACCAAGACCAGAGCUCCACCCCCCCCCCCCAGAGCAUCUGCCCCGGGGUACGCCUCUCUCCCUGCCCCCCGCCCAUCCGCGGAAGGCAGGCUGUCCAGGGAAACAGACCCUCUUUUCUACACCUUUGGCCCCAAAGCCACCCCCAGCCCCACACCACCUCCUUGUUCCCCCUUUUGUAAGUAUGUGAAAAAGAAAAAAAUGCAAACGUCGGAGUCUUGGCUGGAGGUCCUCCUUCCGGCUGUGACUUUUAACCAUGUAAUAAUGUACAGAGAAAGUUGUUGGUGUUCUACAACUGUGUGGCUGUGCAAUUUCUGUACAUUUGCAAUUAGAAAUAUUAAAGAUUUAUUUAGCUAUUUUAA